AGCCAAGUUUUUAUCCGAGGCAGCGGCUGUCUCUUUUGGGCCGCCCCUCCUCGGAUGGGGGCAUGUAGCGGCCGCCUCCUGCCCGCGGACCUCGUGGGCCGGGCCGUGCAGGCCUGCGGCGUGCUCUGCGUGCUGUCGAUCGCGGCCGACGCGGGGCUGGCGUCGCAGCGCUGGCUGCGCUGCCUCGCGGCGGCGCUGCUGCUGCUCGUCGCCGCGGCCCACUGGCCCGACGGAGGCGCCGACGGCAGCGGCGCCAAGGCGGGCCUGCCGAGCCCCGCGCGCGAGCUGCCGCGGGCCGCCGCGCGGGGGGAGGCGGAGCCCUCCGGGGGGGCCGCGGAAGCGGCCCCCGCCGCGGCAGGCGAGGAAGCCGCCCAAGGCUGGGGUUUGUUUGCCUGCUGCGGCGCGGGCGUGCGAGAGGCCGACCGGGAGGACGUCCCCGCCGCGCAUCUGGGGCCAGGCCCCCUACGCCUCGCGGCGGGGGCGAACGGCCAGCACCCCAAGUUCUGCGGCCUGCGGCUGGAGGACAGAGCCGACGGGCCGGCUCCCCGACCUGCGCCGGUUCCCUGCCAGAGCCCCCAAGGUGCCCGACUGGUGGGACGCGCAGCUGGCGUGUCAGGAGCAGGAGCGGGGCGCCUGCCACGAGCUGCGCCGCCGGCUCUCGGGCGAGGCGGGCCCCAAGGACCCCGUCACGAUGCUGCGGUAUCUGCGGGCGCGCAAGGGCGAUCUGGAGGCGCACGGUUGCGGAUGUCAAUGGAGUGGCGCGAGCGCACAUUGUUGGAGAGUGGUUUCCGAGACGGGACAAUAGACGACAGCUUGCAUCAGCAGUUCUCGUCGUAUUGGCCACCAACAGGUUUGAUGGGUUGCGACAGGGAGGGCGACGCCAUCUACUGGAAUCGCGCAGGUGCUUCAGACAUAGGAUCUCUGCUUGAAGUUCCAAUGGAGUUCUUGUACAGGCACGAGGUCUUUACCCUGACCAGAAUAGUGCAAGCGUUAGAAGAGCUAUCGCAGCGGCAGGGACGCCCCGCGUUGUACAUGACGGUGGUGGUCGAUUGCAGCGGUCUGUCGUUCAAGCACCUUUCGCCAGCUGCUGCUCUGAAGUACAAGCAGAUUGUUCGCCUCGCGGAAGACUAUUUCCCCGAGAUGGUCAAGCGCGUACUGAUUGUCAGAGCGCCUUGGUUCUUCAACCAAGGCUGGAGCGUCGUCAGUAGGUUCUUCGACGAGGGCACGCGAAACAAGUUCUCUGUCGUGAAGACGGCAGAAACGUGCCAGGCUCUGGCCAAGGUCAUGGACCCGCGCUGGAUACCGCAGGAGCUCGGGGGCACCUGCCGGCUCGGGGCGCACCGCUUCUGCGCCCCGGUGAUCCCGGAGGGGGGCGAGGCGCCGAGGGAGCUGCUGCAGGCGAUCUGCGCAGAGUUCCCGGCCCCGUGAGCGCGGCGCCCGUCGCCCGUGCCGUUGCGCACGCGCGCCCCGCCUGCUCCGCGCGGCCGCCUCCUCCUCCUCCUCCUCCUCCUCCUCCUCCUCCUCC